CAACACUUGCCCUGUACCAGGCGCACAUGAGCCAUUCACAGGCAUUUAAAUAUUAAAGUCAUUGAAAUUCCGGGGAGACCAUAUAAUAUUUACAAUGCACUAGACACUGACUUCGCGAAUUUAAUUCAUGCAGAAGUAUUUACUCAGAAGUUGUCUACCAUGAAGUAAUAAAUCUAUUCAAGAAAUUCCAAGACCGAUGAUUGUUGUCAAUAUCCUUUAGUUGACGUAUAUCAAAUGUGGCGAAUUUUCCAACUGGAAUUUCAGAAGACUGGAUAAUAUAUUUAGAAAUAAGUGGCAAGGAGACAUAACCUAUUUGUUCUAAAACAACAUUAGUAGAUCUGUUGACUGACGGUCGAGAGAAAGAAAAAGUUGUUUCGAAAUAUUCAUUUCAUCGAGAAGAAUUAAAUCAACGAGACGAUAUGAAUCCCCUGACGAAUAUUAAAAAUAUUAAGAAACUUGGAGAGCAAGAGCUAUCAGCGAAUAAUAAAACAUCGUGGCACGAUCAGUAUAAGGACAGUGCGUGGAUUUUUAUCGGUGGUUUACCUUAUGAUUUGACAGAAGGGGAUGUGAUAACUAUUUUUUCUCAAUACGGUGAACCCGUUAAUAUCAAUUUAGUCAGAGAUAAAGAAAGUGGAAAAUCCAAAGGAUAUGGAUUUUUGUGUUAUGAAGAUCAGAGAAGUACUGUUUUAGCGGUUGACAAUUUGAAUUCGAUAAAAAUUCUUGGUAGAACUAUCAGAGUGGAUCAUGUAUCGAAUUACAAAGCUCCUAAAGUGUCUAAAAACAGUGAAGGAACAACCAAAAAACAUCGAAUGAACGACAACGAUAAAAACUAAAAAUUUUAAACUGUGAAAAUACUAUGGCAUUGUGUAAAUUGAGUGAAUGGUGUGUGAAUAUCAAAUAUGUAUGGUGAAUGAAUAAAUGAACAUUAAAUAAUAAUA